AUGCUGACCACCCUGUGGCUGCUGCUUGGCUUUGCUGCCCCGGUGCUGGGGCACUACAUUUCCAUCAGCUGUCCCAGCGGGAGGCAGUGCCGGCAGGCCCUACUCUCAGGCAAUGAUAUCGUCCUGCGGUGCAACUCUUCCGGGGCACAGUGGUACUUCUACUUCAUGCAAGGCAAGGAUGAAUGGCCCACCAACCUCACCAGUGUGUCCAAUAUAAAAAUAAUGCCCGAGGGCAGCAUUGUCGUUAGAAAUCCAUUGCCCUCCCAGACGGGCUUCUACCUCUGCUGGAACAAGAAUGACACCCAAGUGCUGCAGUAUGAGAUUGACUUCCAGGACGUCACCACCCUGCAUAUUACACACAAAGGCCUGGGUCAAAAGCCCCUGAAGAAUGAAACCCUGCACCUGGGUGGUGAGGAGCUCAUCUUUACCCGCUGGGAGCCCUGGCAGGACUGCAACCGCUGUGGGGAGCCAGGAGAGCGCAAACGCCUGGGGUACUGCUACAUCGAGGAGCCCCUGGAGGAGCCCAUGCCCUGCUGGCUCUAUAUGGGAGAGGUGAAGGUGUGGUCCAACCGCAUGCGGCCUGAGAUGCAGGUGGAAGACUGCCAUGUCCAGUGCAAGGAUACCAUUCCAUUUGGGACAGACUUCAUCACCUUUGACAACUUCAAGCUCGAUGAAGAGUCCGAAUCUGCGUGGCUCACCUGCCCCUUAGGAUCCAUCUACAGGCCCGUCCUGUGGGAAGCCAACAACACCCCCCUGACUUGGCAGGGCCAGCUCUCUGGCCAGGACAUCAGCACCUUCCUGGACCCAUCCACCGGCGGCCGGCAGCUGCAGAUCUUCCAGCCAACCAUUUACAGGUGCUUCGUGCAGCAGGAGCUCAUGGCCCAGUUCAAUGCCAUGACCAGUCCAGAGGUGCUGGAGGCUAAGAGGAGGGCUGAGGCACAGCAGUGGAAGGCAGAACAGUCCCUGCAGGGGAAAGCAGACUCUGUUGUCAAGGGGCUGAAGUUGAUGCUGCCUUUGGUCACCGUCCUGGCCCUGGUGGGACUGCUGCUCAAGUUCCACCGCCCUUCCCAGGGCAAAAAAAGAAAUCGGAUGCUGCUGGUGAAAUAA